UUUAGUUAAGAACCAGACGUCGAUCCUACUUACAUCAAGACACUAGGCAAUAUGGCAGACAAAUUCGAAAAAACCUUAAAAUUGUUCCUUAUCCCUAUGAGACUGCUGUCAAGUCCCGAAGCUCCAAUAACCUUUAAAUGGUUCAUUCGAUACAUAUCAGGCUUCAUCAUAUUCACCCUUCUAGCAAUUGUUAUGAUCUACAACACAUACAUAAGUGUGAAAAACCGUGUCUUUUUCGAAGCUUGCCGAAAUAUGACUUUAAGUCUUACGUAUUUCGGUUGCUGUUUGAAUAGCAUGCUCUCGUUCUGGCAUAGACGGUCGUUGAAAACACUCCUGGAGACCAUUAGGAAUGAUUAUAAAAUGGCCGAUCAGUUGCCUCCGGAAGAACAGCUGAUCUUCGAAGAUUAUGAUCGCAAAAAGAAUUUGAUGUGCAAGAUAUGGUUUCAUCUUUUCACUCUUUCUUUGUUUCUAUUCGUUUUCAAAGCUCUCACUUUGAUGUUUUAUUACUAUUUCAUUGGGGAGUUUAGAUUGGUGCAUUUGUAUGAACUGACGUACCCAGAUUAUAUAGAGAAGAGAAAAGGAGAAUUGGUCAUAUAUUUGAUCAUAUUUUUUUGUGUUUUUCUUUAUGGUGUUAUAUCUGGUCUUGGCUUUGUAAGUUUUGUGCCUUAUGGGACGACGUGCAUGCUUCACGCGUGUGGACAUCUGGAAAUAGCUAGGAAGAGAAUCGAUGCGUUGUUCACCGGUGAUCCGAGAUAUGUGAAUGAUAAAUUGAAGAAUAUUGCGCAGUUACUGCAGUACACGUACAAUUUCAUGGAGAACACGAAUGGAUGUUUCCGACUAUUUUACGACGCCACACUCAAACUGUCUGCCAUAGCUAUACCCGUUACUUUUUACGCUUUAUUGGAGGGCCUUAAACAUGGAGAGUUUAGUUUGGAGUUCACGACGUUUGUACUGAAUGCUAUCGUUCUGACCAGUAUACCUUGUUACCUAAGUGAUAAACUAUUAGAAAAGGGAGAAGAAGUGCGACUAGCGCUGUACUCGUGCGGGUGGGAGUGUGAGUACAACCGGCGCGUGCGCAUCACUAUACUGCUGCUACUCACGCGCUGCUCCCGGCCUAUAGCCGUGCAGACUAUGUUCACUACUCUCUGUCUAUACGCUGUUACUGAUAUGUUUCAGCAGGCCUACACUAUUUUAAACCUAAUGAAUGCUGUUUGGAACUAAACACAACGUAAAGGGGACUUC